AUGACGACUCCAAUCAUCCACAGAGCCUUCGAGAAGGACACCAACAGAAGCCCCACUUACCGCAAACACAAAAGCGCUUGGCGACAUGGCAUUCCAGCCGGGCUUACACACAUCACAACCAACUCUCACACCCACUUCCAACUGAUGAGAUGUUCCCAUUCCGCCUCACGAUACAGACCGGUGCUGCUAGGUUGCCAUACAGUCUCCAUCCCAGCGGCAGACCCAGAUCUCAAGAGAUUUUGCCGCAAACAACAGGGCAGGCUCGAAGCCCUUCGAGACGCAGUCGCAAGCAAUGUGACCACGCUGCUAGCAAUCGGAACUCUAGUCAGCCCGGUCUACACUUCAAGUCCCGCUGCAGUGCAGUACACCAAUCUCACAAUCGAAAUCAUGCCAUCAACAAGAACUGUGGUCGGCCCGGCCGACCCUACGAGUCCCGCUGCAUUGCAGUAUACUACCGAUGGAACGACUACCAAUACGAUUAUGCUGAGUCGAGAAACAAACCUGUUAUCAGCGCUGGAGCGAGUCCAGUGCUUCAAAGACCCGGCUGAAGCUGAGGCCCGACUGGCCUUGCUCAGCAACAUCGAUCGGAUCAACAUAGCGCGGCUAGGUUGCCGGGCCGUCUCCAUUACGGCCGACAAGAAAGGUCUGAAGAUUUUCUGCAGACAUCAACAGGGCAGGCUGAAUGCCGUCCGGGAUGCAGUCGCAGGCAAUGCGACUACAGAAACAGAUGAGAAAGAGCUUGAAAAGCUAGGCCGGAACAGAGCGUGGCUGCUAGAGCUAUCACACCAACUUCCAACUGAAUAA